AUGUCCCGGCGCGGGAGGCAGAGACGGGACCGGUGCGGCAGCGGCGGUAACCGGGCAGCGCCGACACCCGCGAACCGCUCGGUACCGGCGGGAGGCGGCGAAGGGGCGGCCGCCCGCGCGGGGGCUGCCGGGAAGGGUAGUCCGCCCGCGCGGGGGCCGGCGGGAGCCGUAGGCCGGGCCUGCGCGGCGGCGGGCGCGGGGGCUGCCGGGAGCGGCGGCCCGGGAGGGCGGGGCCGCGGGAGGGCGGGGCCGGGCCGGCGGUGGCGGCGGCGGCGGCGGGAGCGGAGCGUGGAGCUUAGCUGCUCUGAGGGGUUCAAUCCCGAGGGCUCCCUGCAAGGCGUGACACAGCGUGUGCUCUCCCGCAGGCACGGCAUGGCGGCGAGCACAGGCAGCAGCGGCGGUGGGACGGCGGCGGCGGCGGCGACGGGGGAGCCGGCGCACGCCGUGUUGCUGCUGCGGGGGCUGAGCGCGCUGCGAGCGGAGCGGAGCCUGCUGGACGUGACGGUGGUGGCGGGCGGCCGGGAGUUUGGGGCGCACCGUGCCGUCCUGGCCGCCGCCUCCGGCUACUUCCGUGCCAUGUUUGGCGGGGCGCUGCGGGAGGCGCGGGCCGAGCGGGUGCGGCUGCACGGCGUGGAGCCCGAGUGCCUGGCGCGCCUCCUCGACUUCGCCUACACUGGCCGGGUGGGCGGGCUGGGCCCCGACAUCGCCGAGCGCCUGCUGCGCGCCGCCGACCUGCUGCAGUUCCCUGCCGUCAAGGAGGCCUGCGGCGCCUGGCUGGCACGCCAGCUGGAGCCUGCCAACGCCCUGGACAUGCAGGACUUCGCCGAGGCCUUCGCCUGCCCGGCGCUGGCAGCUGCCGCCCACCGCUUCGUCCUGCGGCACGUGGGCGAGCUGGGCGCCCAGCUGGAGCGGCUGCCACUGCCGCGCCUCCUCUCCUACCUGCGGGACGACGGGCUCUGCGUCCCCAAGGAGGAGGCCGCCUUCCAGCUGGCGCUGCGCUGGGUGCGCGCUGACCCCGCCGCCCGCGCCCCGCUGCUGCCCCAGCUCCUGGCCCACGUCCGCCUGCCCUUCGUGCGGCGCUUCUACCUGCUGGCCCACGUGGAGGGCGAGCCGCUGGUGGCCCGCUGCCCACCCUGCCUGCGCCUUCUGCGCGAGGCCCGCGACUUCCAGGCCGCCCGCCUCGACCGCCACGACCGCGGACCCUGCGCCCGCAUGCGCCCCCGGCCCUCCACCGGCCUGGCCGAGAUCCUCGUCCUCGUCGGCGGCUGCGACCGUGACUGCGACGAGCUCGUCACUGUCGACUGCUACAACCCACGCACCGGCCACUGGCGCUACCUGGCCGAGUUCCCCGAGCACCUGGGCGGGGGCUACAGUGUCGCCGCACUGGGCAACGACAUCUAUGUCACUGGAGGGUCGGACGGGUCCAGGCUGUACGACUGUGUGUGGAGGUACAAUUCCAGCGUGAACGAGUGGACGGAGGUAUCUCCCAUGCUGAAAGCCAGAGAAUACCACAGCUCCACGGUCCUGGACGGGCUGCUGUACGUGAUCGCCUCCGACAGCACGGAGCGCUACGACCACUCGGUGGACAGCUGGGAGGCUCUGCAGCCCAUGCUCUACCCCAUGGACAACUGCUCCACCACCUCGUGCCGCGGCAAGCUGUUCGCCAUAGGCUCCCUGGCUGGCAAGGAGUCCAUGGUUAUGCAGUGCUACGACCCCGACAGCGACCUCUGGUCCCUCGUGAACUGCGGCCACCUGCCUCCCUGGUCCUUCGCCCCAAAGACCGUCACUCUCAAUGGCCUCAUGUACUUCAUAAGAGACGACUCAGCUGAGGUGGAUGUUUACAAUCCAGCGAAGAAUGAAUGGGAUAAAAUCCCUGCCAUGCUUCAGGUGCACGUCGGGGGGAGCGUGGCCGUGCUCGGCGGGAAGCUCUACGUCUCUGGUGGCUACGAUAACACGUUUGAACUCUCAGACGUCCUGGAAGCCUACGACCCCGAGACACGCACGUGGAGCGUGGUGGGCCGACUCCCUGAGCCCAUCUUCUGGCACGGCAGCGUCAGCAUAUUCCGACAGUUCAUGCCGGAAACCACGCAGGAGGAUGACGGCAUCACGCUGGAUAACACCAUCAACUUAAACAGGCAGCGCCAAAACCUUCACAACCAGAACCUUAAUGAGCUUCGUUAGCAGGGGAGGACGCUGCGCCCCUGGCUCGAGGCAAGUUCGUUAUCCAGAACCAGUGUUCCUUUGAGAGAAGGCAGAGGCAAACGGGUGCUUGGAAGCAAAAACGUACUGAUCAUAGAGGGAGUGAAAACUCUGAAUGUUUGAGGUGCUGUUGCAGGACUGCAGGCGGCAGACGGCGAGGCCUCGCUGCAGCGUCCCUCGGCCCUUCUCUGGGGCGGGAGAAGGUGCCGCGCUGCCCGCAGAGGAGACCCGAGGGGUGAACUCUGAGGGAAGCAACCACGUUGAACAGCACCGCAGCAUCGAGCUUAUGGCUUUUGGUCAGAUGCCUUUCACUGGGAGCUCCUUCACCCCAUAACGCUUCAUUUGCCACCAAACUCCUUUCUACGGUUUCUUUUUCAGGAAGGGUCUGUCUGGUAGGACGGUGGUCUGGCUUCGGAGGAAGGCAGACCUCCUGUGCACAUCUUCCUCUGCAUGGUCAGAGGAGGGGAAAGGGCCUUCCCGCAAGAGCUGGAGGUCUGCGAGGGCUGAGAGGUUAACAGGAGAACGUGGCCCUUCCUGCCCUGUCGCUGUGGUCCUCGGUUCCCUCUCGUGCCUUCGGGAGGAACAGAGGCCCUGUGGCAGGGAUCUCACCGAGGCUGGGUUAUGAAGCUUCACCUCUCCCUUUGUCUGAACUUCAGUUCUUCCCAUGUUUUGGUGGUGGUUCUUUUUUUUUGAAAUUGCAGCAUUUAAACUUUUGCAGGUGUUUGUUUUCCAACCCCUCCUUCCUUCAAAGAAGAAACACCCUUAUCUGUCUCUUAAUCACAUUCUCAACUAGAUGGUUUCAUUUCUGAUCACCCCGGCUGCGCCCUCCUUUAAGGCGAAGAGGAGAAGCGAGUGCCCCUCUUAGCUGGCCCGAGGAGUGACUCCUGGGGCUGGCCGCUGCUGCCCUCGGGGAGGAGCCGUUCUCCCUUCCCGGUGGCACCCGGCUUGGCGAUAGCGGGGCUGAACUAGGCAGAAAAAGCUGCUGCUUGUGGCGAGGGCUGUUGCCGCCAGUUCUCCUGUGCCGCGCUCUCGGCCGGCGCGCUGGCUUGGGCAGAUAGGCCCUGUGCAGCGAGUUCUUAUUUCUUCACCAUUUGGAAGGAGCCAAGUCAGCACUGUACAAUUUUGUGGGGGGAGGGGGGAACGAACUUCCCGGGAAAGGUGAGCACAGCUUCCUCAGGAGAUUCACCACACGCUUGCAGAACUGCUGGCAGCGUUUAGAUACCUUGAUGCAGAAAUUGCUUUUAAAUGCAUCGCCUUGCGUGAAGGAACCCACCGGACCUUUGGAGGGGCCUCGUGCCUGUCGCGCCUACAGUUUGCAGGAGCUCUCGGGAUCUGGGUGGUUGGAAAAUGCCGCUGAGGUGUUUUGGCGAAGGUGUAGGAGUUAGCCAGAGUGUUGCAGAUUGAAAGGUAGCUAUUUUAGGGGUGGUUUUAUUUUUUUCUUCUUUUUGUUUGGGGUUUGCUGGGUUUUUUUGGCCUCCAUAAGAUUUGCCUUUAUUCUUGCCCAAGUGACCUAGCUGGCUUGGGCCGUAUUUCCACUAUCUACCUUAGCUGAAGAGAAGCUGCCUGCAGUUUACUCAUGGAAUGUUUCUUGAACAAGCAAACAGCUAAAACCGCGGUAUGGCUCACCCAAAAACGAGCGUCGCACCUUCGGGAAACCUGUCACAUGUGACGAUGGCUGAAGCGUUGGCUGGAUGCAUUCGCUUUUUCCGUCUUUCGAAUUUAACCAAUAGGGAAAAAAUUUGAAUUUAAACUUAAUUCAGAGAUGGAAAGCCUUGACUGCACGCCUUCUGGCUUGCCCUUGGAUCGAGCAGCCUCAGAGCCCCAUCUCCACAGUAUCAGCUUUUUCCAGCUUUAAGAGACCUGGUUUUCCCCGAGUGCUAUUUGACGCCGCGCUCCUCAGCUGCGGAACUUGGGAAAGCCGCUCACGAGAUCUGCGCCGUUCUCCAAGUCUGAACCUUCGACAGUGCCUUGAAACUGCCGCACGGCGGGGUUUGAAACCCUCCCCGGCGCUGCUGCGGCUGGGGUGCGGCGGGCCCCCGCUUCGGCGGGGGAUCCAGGCGAGGGGGGUGCGCGAUGACCCGCGAGGCCACAGCAGCCCGUCCCCGCGGCGGCGUGCGGUGGCCGGGCGGAGACGGCGUGCGCUGCACAGCUGACCUCGCGUCGCAGACCUAAGUAUUUAUGCCGAACUAUAAAUAGUACGCACAUUCUGUCUCAUACUGUAGUGCUCGCUGCUGGACCUGCCACCCCCAAAUUCCCCAACCGGCUGAACAGUUACGGAUCUGUAUUUAUUUUUUGUAAAAUUCAUUGUGUCCAAAUCUUUGAGUACAGUUAAGUACCAUCCUUUGAAACAAAGGCAUUUUACAUUUACAGAUAAUGUAUUUUUAUUCUCGUAGUUUGUUUUUAAAUUUACUUGAGGCAGUCAAGUUAAAUAAAACCUGUUACACAGA